AUGCUCAUUGUUGCGCAAUGUGGUGAUUUACCAAAAUGGCCGUUCGUCAAGGAAUACACAAAUAGUAUGAUUGGUUCACAUGCUGAUAUUUUAUUGAGGGAUUUAAUCAUAAAAUAUGAACAUGAUAUUCAUCUCAAUACGAUUCAAGUUGUCAAAGCCUUAAGAAAAGUAGCCAAUCAAGUACAAGCACAUGAUAGUUGUUUUGAUCCACCUACAUAUAUAAAAUAUCAAUACGUGCCAUAUGAAAUGGAUCAUCGUUCGGCAUCACUUACAGUUAGCUAUGCCUAUGAUGACUGGACGAUCAGUAAUGUCAUGUAUGCUGCAGGUCUUAUCGAUGAAGCACAAGAAUAUCAUAAUCGAUCACGACGGUUUGAACAUGCAUUCGAUAAUAAAACAAAAUUUUUCUGUGCUUGA